UUCCACUUCUUGAGCAAAACGGAAAAUGGCGUCCGACCAUCAUCAACGAGUGAGAGCCCUUGUUUGUCUUAUAUGCAAUGACAAAGCCCACUUCAAAAUUGCCCGGAACUCCAAAAUCCUGUCGGCUGUUCAAGACUUCGUGAUUGAAGGAUAUAUUCCAGAAGACCAGCGCCUUCCCAAUGGAAUUUGUACGUCUUGUAGGAAGAAGUUGCUGAACUUCAGUGCUGGUGACUUUAAAGACGUCCUUCCUGUGCUGCCAUGCUACAAGGCGAGGCUUGAGUUUCGAUCCAAACGUCUGGCUGAAAAUCGGAAGUGCCACUGCCAAAUUUGUGAAACUCAUCGCAAAUCUGGCCUCUUUGGAUCGCGGAAAAAGUUGAGGAAGAGACUUAAAGGACAUCCCAAUCAGUCUGGCUCUAACAAGGAGAACACCAAUCAAGGGUCGUUUUUAUGUGUGGGUUGCUUGGAGCUCAUAGUAUCAUCCAGUGGACAUUCUUGCGUUCGAAAGCAUAGUCGCAAAUCAGCAGCCAAUGCCACCGGUCUCGUGAUUCGCCAUUCUACUCUGCAGCAAGCAAAGUUGGCCACGGGUAUUUCUCAAAACCAAAUGAGGACCUUUGUCCAAGUUCUUCGUCAAGACAGCGUAGUGGAGCCUCAUUUAAUGUGUGAAAUGGCCAAUGAAAACAAAAAGUUCGAGAACCUCUUUUCAUGUGACGAAGUGAUCCAUGGUACAAAUGACGCAAAGAUGCCACUUGUGUACUGCACAAACGUCCGGGCACUUGUAGAUGCAGUAUUGCAGGCUCGAGGACAAAAGAUUGAAGACACAAAAUUGCGCUUGUCAAUUGAUGAGGGUCGAACCUUUCUCAAAGUCUCAGCUUCAAUUUUCUCAACAAAACCGGACAACGAAGAAAAAAUGAAGAUGUUCAAGUCAACUGGUGUUAAGAGAACAUUCCUACUGGCAAUCACCCCAAUGCGGGAAACAUACGAGUCUAUUGCAAUUAUUCUGUCCAAGUUAUCCUUAGAUGUGCAACUCGGGGAUCUGGAAUAUUUCUUUGCCCAAGACCUGAAAUGUUUCAACAUUACCUUGGGGUUGGGUCCCCAUCGUUCUGCUUUUCCUUGCUUGUAUUGUCAUUGGCAAGUAGGAAAGUAGGAAGAAAAACGAGAUGAACGAACGUUUGGAUCUCUGAGAGAAGAUUAUCGUCGCUUUAUUGCAAGAGGAUCCAAGAAGGCUGAAGCCAAGCAUUGUCAUAGUACAUGCCGGAAGAAUUUGAUCAUGACAACUAAGUCGGAUGACACAAGAGUAAUUGAUGUAUGUGCUCCACCCUUUCUUCACUGUCUUCUUGGCAUUGUGAACAAAACAUUUGAUGAAGUGGUAAGGAUUGUUCCUGAGGUUGCUCAGUGGCCAAUCGAAUUGCACCUGGAUCGUGAAAAUUACCAUGGCGCUCAAUUUGAGGGAAAUGAAUGUAAACGACUGUUAGACAAUUUAAGCAAGCUGGAGGCCAUCUUACGAAAGUGCGAUCGUGUCCAAGAGGGGCUUCCCCAUCUUGUGGCUUUGAAAUCAUUUUCCAGAAUCAAUCAUCUCAUUCACCAGCACAAUGUAGAUAUUGAUCAAGUGCAGAGUGCUGUGGCUGACUUCAGACGGGCCUGGAAAGCUACAUCCAUGACUUUAACAUCAAAGGCUCACAUCAUUUGUGAUCAUCUUGUUGAUUUUAUUGAAGCCCAAGGUGGGUUUAGUAUGAGCUUUUUCUCCGAGCAAAGUCAUGAGGCCAUCCAUGCCGAAUUCAUGAAGACCUGGGCAAAGUAUACUUUAAAAGAUAAAGCCAAUCCAC